AUGUCGAAACCAUCACCAUCAUUCUCAUUCCUCUUACUCAUUUCUAUCUUGUCGCCAUUUUUCCUCAUCAAAGCUCGAGAUCUCCACACCAUUAAAUUCAAAUCUCCAGGUCUUUACCCAAAAGGUCUAGCUUACGAUCCUUCAUCUCAUCGCUUCAUCGUCGCAUCUCUUCAUGGAAACAAAUUCAUCUCAAUCUCCGAUACCGGCGAAACUGAAACCCUAACCCUAAUUUCCUCCGAAAUCUCCCCCAAUUCCACCAUUCUUGGCCUCUCAAUCGACCAUCGCAAUCAGCGUCUUCUCGCCGCUAUUAAUUCUCUCUCUUCUCCCUUUCUCGCCUCCUUCCAUCUUCAUCACUCCUCUCUCGAACUCCAAUUUCUCUCUCCUCUUUCUCCAUCAAUUGGAAUCGCAUGCGACGUCACUUUCGACCCUUUUGGAAACUCUUACGUCACCAACUCCGAUAAAAACUUCAUAUACAAAGUAACCGAGAACGGCACCGUUUCCGUCACUUCAAAUUCCUCUAUUUUCACUCAUUAUCCAGUGUAUGAAUCCUCAUACUCUUACGCUGGACUAAACGGCGUCAUUUACAUAAACCACAAAAAUUACCUUCUCGUAGUUCAAUCGAACACGGGAAAACUGUUCAAAGUUAACGCAAUUAACGGAACAGCAACCGCCGUUAUCUUGCCGUCAGAUUUAACCUUAGCCAACGGAAUCGCCGUUAAAGGUGACGGCGUUAUAGUGGUAGUUUCCAUAAAUACUGCUUGGUUUUUAAAAAGCGAUGAUGAUUGGGCGAACGGGAUCGUAAUUGACGAAAUUGCUCUUGAUAAAGAAGGAUACCCAAGUUCGGUUAUUGUUAAAGAUGGAAAAAGGGUAUUUGUGAUAUACGGGUAUGUUCAAGAGAGUAUAAAUGUAAAUUCAGAGCAAAGAGAAUGUUAUAGGAUUCAGGAAAUAAAGAUGAAAAAAGAGGAAGAAGACAGUUUGUUGUGGAUUCUUUUCUUAGUUGGGUUGGGCUUGGCUUAUUUUUUGUUUUGGAAGGUUCAAAUGGGCAAGCUUGUUAAGGAUAUGGAUAGAAAACGUCAAUAA